UAGGCAUGGUUCAUACUAGAUAAUAGAAAAUAAAUAUACAAUAUGACAUAUACUGAAAACGGCAAAACACAAGGACAGGGCAACUUCAACUCCUAGUUGAUAUGGAUUUGUUUGUGAAUGGAGUGUGACGUGCAACCUGUGAAAAAUAGGUAACGCUGUCUGAAUAAGGAAAUAGCCAGGAGCCUGAAUGCAGGGGAAGUAGUGACCUAACUCAGUGUAUCCAGCAGCAGUAGCAUCCUCCCCUUCAGGCCUCAGCCUGUGAAAUCAGACAAUUUGAGAUCGAAAAAAGGCUUAGAAAUCCCUAUUAAGAGAAGAUGUCUCCUGCCUUAUUGUAUUCACAGGAAGAGAGAAUCCCCUGGCAGCACCUCCCAUCUUCCUCCUCUUGAUUCUUCCCCAGCCGGGGAUCCACAUUCACAAGAGUUCAAUAGAGACAGAUGGAUCUUAUGUUCUGCGCCCUGCAUACAUUCACUUGUGCUCAUGCAUUUCAAUAACAUGCAAAACACUUUCAUUGCCUGCAUUUCUCAAUUGUAAUUCAUUCUGUCAAAUGUAUUAAAGGACUGUACUGAAGACACUUGGAUGCUUCCCAGUACAUAUUCCAGCAGAUACAGAAGGUAGAUUUAGUCAACAAGGAAAAUCCCUGCUACACGAUUUUUCUUCUGCAGGAUGAAGUGAGUUGGCAGCUGAGCUCUUAACAGCUUCUCUGGCAGUGCCAGCCACAACCUACUGCUCUUUUAAUCAUAAACUGGACUUUACAUCUUGGGUCACUGAUUCUUCCAGUCACCCAGAAUAACACCAGGCAUCGGAACCUACGGAAUAUCGAGCUCCUUUCUUAUCCCAGGAAAGAUACCAUAAAUCAUGAGCUACUGCAAGCCGAACAAGGGAUCCAGGGAUCAGACCAGCUUUCCUGAUUGACCCAGAAAUGAUGGUGAUGCUGUCAGUAAUAUGACUCUACUGACCAUUCUACAAAAAGAGAUUAUGGCACCAGGGUUCUUGUAGUUACCCACCCUCACUGAUAAGGUGACAUAUCCAGCUGCAGCUUUAAAGCUUAUUACAGUCUUCUUAUCUGCUCAGUCAAUAAGGAUCUCAUCUUGAGUUGAUGGUGAAAAAGGAUGACCUCAGAAACUUUCUCUUUCUCAUAAAUCGUCACCUAUAGAACCUGCAGAAAAGAGAAGUUUAAUUUCUGAAUUCACAUUGAUCACACCCACUGCAAGACCCACGUGUAUUAGCCGAGCUGGGACCUUCAUUAUUAUACUGAUACUCACCAUCUGGGUCCGGAGACGAGUUGGCGUUACACCUGUGACCACCAUAAGGAUUCUGCUGAAUAUACAGGGCUUCCUUGCUCAUCCUUGCCUCGUGGACUGAUCAUCACCUUGACCCCUCGGCUCCAUGAGCAAUCCAGAGGCAAUUCAGAGAAGCCAGAGACGUUGCUUCAUUGAAAAAGAAGCUCUUGUAAGGGCAGACACAGAGGCUUGGAUAAAGAUUCUUGAAUCAGAGAUGGAAGAUGAAAUUGCGUUAGCCAAAGUAAGACUACUUGAGCAAGCAUUGAACCACGGUCUUGAUCCAGUCUGUUCCCCACCACAGGAAAUUGAUGAUCCAGUCGAUCACAACAGUGACUUGGAUACAAAGAGGCUUGAAUGUGAAGCUACUGAUCAACAUUGAAGGAAGGAGCUCAGACGUGGUGAUGUGCUAGGAAAUGCCCAGUUCCACUGUAAUGGCAAUAGGAGCUCUUUCAAGCUCACUUCUUGUAACAUGUUGCCUGAUGGUUGCCCUUUGCAACCCUACUUUACGUGUCCAAAAUCUUACACAAGUACCAAGUCAUGAACAAGUGACAAAAAGUCAAGAAAAAAGGGACCAUACAACUCAGAAUAAUCAGAACCAAACAAAUUGGGGUUCAAUUUUUGAGAACAGAAUAGUAAAAGAUGAAUUUAUGAAAGACUGGAAAAAUACAGCUAACAAAAUUAUUAUAAACAGUGAUUUUUUGACUGGACAAAAACAGAUUUUGACUACUCAAACUAUAAAUACCAAAUCAAGGACUGUUACACAAAUGAAAUCAGAUGUUGUGCACGACCAGACCUUAGAGGAAACAUCCCUUCUUGAUAUAGAAACAAAACAAGAGACUCCAGAGGAAUAUGCCUACCCAGAUUAUCGGGGAAAAGGUUGCGUGGAUGAAAGUGGUUUUGUAUAUGCUAUUGGGGAAAAGUUUACACCUGGCCCUUCAGCUUGCCCUUGUCGAUGCACAGAGGAGGGGCCUCUUUGCAUUCAACCAGAGUGCCCAAGGCUGCACCCACGUUGUAUUCAAGUUGACAACAGUCAGUGCUGCCCUCAAUGUAAAGAAAAGAAGAAUUAUUGUGAAUUUCGUGGAAAAACCUAUCAGUCCUUAGAAGAAUUUAUGGAGACACAUCUUACCCCGGAGCGCCUGCAUAUUGUAAAGAAACCAUGGAUAAGAAUGGCAUAUCAUUCUACUUACACCAACCUCUCACGGGGAGUUUCUCCUUGUGAGAAAUGUCGCUGUGAAGCUAAUGGUGAAGUCAUGUGCGCUGUGUCAGCAUGUCCUCAGACAGAAUGUGUCGACCCAGUCUAUGAGCCAGAUCAAUGCUGUCCCAUCUGCAAAAAUGGACCAAACUGCUUUGUAGAGACUGUUGUUAUCCCUGCUGGAAGAGAAAUAAAAACUGAUGAAUGCACGAUAUGCCACUGUACUUAUGAAGAAGGCACCUGGAGAAUUGAAAGACAAGCAUUAUGCAUUAGACAUGAAUGCAAACAGAUAUAAAUGUAUAAAAACAGGAUAAAACUCAAUGGUAUCAAUGGACUUAUGUGUUGCUUACAGAUUGUUCGUUGCCAUAAUACCAGAAUGACAGUCCUCAAGGUUAUAUGAAAUUUAGCAUACAGAUAUCCAUUUAGUAGUUGAUAAAACCAGUGUAUCAGGUGAGACACAGGGACCUUGUGUCUCACUCAGUUCCGUUUAGUGGUAUACAAUUAUACUAUUCUUUUAUUUAUAAUUUUAUUACAAUUAUAAAAUAAAAUUAUAAAUAGAACGAUAGUAUAAAAGGUAUAAGAGAAUAAAGUCUAAAGUAAAAACAAAAGGAAAAAUAGCCAGCACAACAACCUAAUAUACAGGUGCCCGCUGCUGUGGCAAAUGCAAAAUGUACAAAAAAUGUUGUUGCAACAGCACUCUAGGUCAAAAAAUGGAGGCUCUUAGCGCACUUUUUGAUCAAAAUGUGUCCCUCAUCCACCACGCGGAGGUGGCCUCAUAUCGGAUGGGACCCUAUCAUGAUAACUCACCUCUGCUGUGCAUAUAGCCUCUGACUGUGUGACAUGUUGGAUCAGCCAUUGACUAAACCACCUCCAGUCUGAGAGCGGUGGGGUGCACAGCUAAAGAGGGUGCCACACCCCCCAACUUACAAAGUAAAAGCAAAAGGAAAAAUAGCCAGCACAACAACCUAAUACACAGGUGCCCGCUGCUGUGGCAAAUACAAAAUGUACAAAAAAGAAAGUUGCAGCAGCACUCUAGGUCAAAAAAUUGUGGCUCUUAGCGCACUUUUUGAUCAAAAUGUUUCCCCCCAUCCACCACGCAGAGAUGGCCUCAAAUCGGAUGGGACCCUAACAUUAUAACUCAC